AUGCGAUUCCCUCAUCUCGCCGGCUUGAGCAUUUUUCUAGCCACAGCCACCGCUCAAGAAAAGAUCUACCAAGGUUUCAACUCCGGCAACACUUUCACAGACCAAACCGCGAAAAAGCAAGCCGAUUUCGAAAAAGAAUUCAAGACCGCAAGCGCGCUCUCUUUCUCCCCUGGCAGCUUCAAUAGUGUACGACUAUACACCAAUAUCCAAGCCAAAACAACAGCCGACCCAAUCUCUGCCUUUGACGCCGCACUCGCUACAAACACUUCCCUUCUCCUUGGAAUUUGGUGCUCUGGUACAGAUACAAUAACAAACGAGCUGACCGCACUACAAGCAGCUAUCACGAAACAUGGUCAGCGCUUCGCUGAUCUCGUCGUGGGUAUUAGUGUUGGCAGUGAAGAUCUGUAUCGCGUGAGCGAGAGUGGAAUUGCGAAUGCGGCCGGAAUAGGAGCUGGACCGAACACAAUCGUCAGAUUCAUAAAUCAAACGCGUUCAGCCCUCGCCUCGACUGCACUCUCUGGAAAACCUGUCGGCCAUGUUGACUCCUGGUCUGCGUGGGCGAAUGAAUCGAAUUCCGCCGUUGUCGACGCAGCGGAUUUCGUUGGGACCGAUUUGUAUCCUUAUUAUGAGAAGGAUCUGACCAAUACAAUUGACAACGCCAAAACGAUUUUCGAUACGCUCUUGAAAAACGUCACUGAUAGCGCGGGCAAUAAGUCAGUCUGGAUCACGGAAACUGGAUGGCCAGUCAGCGGACCUAAUUUCGGGUCUGCGGUGCCGAGUGUCGAUAAUGCGAGGGCUUAUUGGGAGAGAAUCGGGUGCCAGUUGUUUGGACGGAUGAAUGUUUGGUGGUACAAUUUGAGGGAUUCGAAUCCGGCGAAUAAGGAGAAGUUUGCUAUUACUACGGAUCUGUCUACGACACCACAAUUUAAUUUGACGUGUCCUGCUGGUAGUGGCGCGCCUGUUUCGAUUAAUACUGUGGCGACGAAGUCUGCGGCAAGUGGGAUAAAGGCUAGUUUCUUGAUGGAUAGCUGGGUCUACGCGAUUGUGGUUUACGGAUUUCUGGCUUUCGUGUAA